AUGGCUAAAGAAUACGGCGGGAAGCUGGUGUAUCAGCUCUGGAACGGAUUCCUCCUGUGGAUCCUAGCCCUGGCUCAUAGCUCGCCUUUCCUGGGACUGCCGACGAGCCUUGCUGUCACCAUCCGGCUCUGCCUGCCGCGCUCAAGCUGCGUGCGACUGCACCCUGUCGGCGAGGGCGCCGGCAGCGCUGAGGCUGCCCACAGCUCCCCGUCUCCCGCGGCCAAGAAGAGAAAGCUCGUUCCCAACGGCCCCCAGGCGAAGAGGAAGCCAUCCGCCAGCAGCGACGACAGCUCCAGCGAGGAGGACCGGAGGCCGCCAGCCAAGAAACCAGCAGCAGCUGUGCCCAAGGCAAAAGCAGUUCCUCCAGCCAAGAAGGCAGAGAGCAGCAGUGAGGACUCCAGUGACGAUUCAGACUCGGAGGAGGAGAAGCCAGCAAAGAAAGGUGCAAAACCUGUGGUGAAGCCAGCUGGAGCCAAAAUCCAGCCUCAGAAGAAAGCAGAGAGUUCCAGCUCUGACUCGAGCAGCUCAGAUGAAGAACCACCAAAGAAACAGCCACCAAAACCUGCAACGCCUAAAUCAGGAGGUAAAGCUGCCCAGGUGGCCACCAAGGUGGUCAAUGGAAAAGCAGCAAGCAGUAGCAGCAGCAGUGAAGAUUCUGAUGAGGAAAAGGCUGCACCGAAGAAGGCUGUUGCCAAGAAAUCACCUCUGCCGAAACCUGCAGCCACUCAAGCAUGUCCAGGGAAAAACAAACGUGCCAAGGAAAGUUCCAGUAGCGAGGACUCAUCUGACAGCUCAGAUGAUGAAAAGCCACCUGCAAAACAAAAGCCAAAGUCUGGUCAGUACAGUGCUGUACCACCUCCUCAAGCUACGCAGAUGAAGAAGGGCCUUGCCAAGACUCCUGCAAAAAAGGCUGAGAGCAGUGACUCUUCAGACAGUAGUGAUGAGGCAGAGCAGGUGCCCCGAAAGGGAGGAGCAGGCAAAGCAGUAGUAGCUAAAACAACCCCUGGCCCCGCAAACAAAGCUGUGACUACCAAGAAGGCUGAAUCCAGUUCUGACAGUGACUCAGAUUCUAGCUCUGAAGAUGACAAGAAGAAGGUAGGGAGUAAGCUCCCAGCUAAACAACCUGUGAUAAAGAAUACUUCCAAACCAACAAAAGUAGCUGUCAAGCCUGGACAAGCAAAGAAAGACUCCAGUUCCUCCUCAGAUAGCUCAGAUUCUGAUAGCUCUGACAAGAAGGCCCCUGUGAAGCCCGCAACUAAAGCAGCAACGCCUGCAACAAAGAAGUCACAAGCUGCCACAAAGAAAGCACAAAGUAGCUCUGAUUCAGAUAGCAGCUCCAGCAGCUCUAAGGAUGAGAAGAAGAAGAAGAAAGGCACUCCAGCUAAAUUAGCUGGCAAAGUGGGUAAGCCAGUGUCCAAACCUUCUGCCCCAGCUCCCAAAGCAGGCACUUCUGACUCUGAUAGCUCGAGCAGUGAAGAAGAAGAAAAGAAGCCAGCAGUGAAACCAGCCACCAAAUCUACAGGGGCAGCAAAAGCAACUGUGGGGAAGAAGGCAGCUGCUUCCAGUAGUGGUAGCAGCUCAUCUGAUAGUUCCAGCGAAGAGGAAGAGAAGCCCAAAAAGGCAGGGAAAGGGGCACAGAAGAAUUCUAAGACCACUGCCUCCACAGAGAAAGCAAAAGCAUCCACACCAGUGGCAAACAACCUGAAGUCUAAGGCAGCUGGUGGCAGCAGUAGCAGCAGUGAAAGCAGCUCUGAAGAAGAGACUGGCAAAGUCAAUGGAGGCACGAUCAGGAAGAAACAGAAGAGGGAAGAUGUUCAGGAGCCAGAGACGCCACAAGGUGAAAAGGCAAAGAUCAAAGCCAAAACACCACACACAGUUCCCAAGGUGAAACGGGUGACCUCUCCAUUCCGCCGCGUAAGGGAAGAAGAGAUUGAGCUGGAUGCCCGUGUUGCUGACAACUCAUUUGAAGCAAAGAAAGGAGCAGCUGGUGACUGGGGUGAGAAGGCUAACAAUAUCCUGAAAUUCACUAAAGGCAAAUCUUUCCGCCAUGAGAAGACAAAGAAAAAACGAGGCAGCUACCGUGGGGGCACUAUAUCGACCCAAGUCAAUUCCGUCAAGUUUGAAAGUGACUGA